CAGAACAUCAACAGCUGUUAUAUUUUGGCAAUGGGUGAACCAAUCAUUCAAUGCUUUGGUGAACUAUACAAAUAGAAAUGCCAACUCUCCAGUAACAACAACUCAAUUGGGUGUUGCUUAUGUAUCAGCUACUGCAUCUGCUAUGUUGACUGCACUUGGCUGUCGGACAUUUUGGGAAAAAAGAGCAAGUACAUUAUUGAAUCGAUAUGUUCCUUUUGCUGCUGUUGCUGCUGCCAAUUGCGUGAACAUUCCACUCAUGAGACAAAAUGAGCUUCUUCAUGGAAUUGAUGUUUGUGAUGAAAAUGACAAUACAAUUGGCAAAUCACGGGUUGCUGCUGCUAAAGGAAUUUCUCAGGUUGUGAUAUCCAGGAUUGUCAUGUGUGCACCAGGCAUG